GAUCUGGCCACACCCUGGUCGCAAAUCCUUACAUCGGUUCCGGUGUGGGCCCUGUUGAUAGCGGAAGUCGGCCAUGACUGGGGUUUGUACACCAUGGUCACAGAUCUACCCAAAUAUAUGAGUGACGUCAUGCAUUUCAACUUUGCUGAGAAUGGAAUUCUAUCAGCUAUACCCUACUUGGUGAUGUGGUUCGUCUCUAUCUGCUCUGGUGUGAUAGCUGAUUGGGUAUUGGCUAAUAGAUUAAUGGGCGUGACUACUCUCCGGAAAGUGCUAGCCACUAUUGGUGGUGUGGGCCCGGCAGUAGGGGUAGUGCUAGCUUCGUACGCAGGGUGUGACAAAACCCUAGUCUCAGUUCUGUUUGCGGUUGGAAUGGGAUUGAUGGGCUUCUUCUACGCCAGUCUGCGGGUCAACGCCCUCGAUUUGAGUCCCAACUUCUCGGGAACCAUAAUGGCGCUGGUGAACGGGUCGGGCGCUCUGUCCGGAAUGGUCACGCCGACCUUGGUUGGCCUGCUUACUGAAAAUAAAACCCUGGGAGAAUGGCGUGUAGUAUUCUGGAUCAUGGCGCUGGUGCUGAUUGUCACAAACUUCGUGUUCGUCUUUUUCGGUUCGGGCGAACUUCAACCCUGGAACGAACCCAAGCCAAAACCAGACGCCGAAGCAAACAAUGAUCCAACCACGCAUGCGCGUGACACAAGAAACGGCACGUUCAGCAAUAAUGCUCAUCUGGAAACAGGAACAACUAAAAACGGAAUCAGCGAAACUAACGGAAUGAGGAACUAACAAACAAGGGCUUUUGAAAUUCGGUCGAAUGACUUCAUCUAUGUAUAGUGAGACUUACUUUAAACUGCCAGCUUUGGGUGGAUGGGAAGGAUGGAAUUCACUUCAUCAAGAUGUCAGUUGAUCAAUAGAUAGGGAGAUGUCCACUUCAUGAAGAUCUCAGUUGAUCAAUGUGAAGGGUGACGUCUACUUCAUCAAGAUGUCAGUUGAUCAAUGUGAAGGGUGACGUCCACUUCAUCAAGAUGUCAGUUGAUCAAUGUGAAGGGUGACGUCCACUUCAUCAAGAUGUCAGUUGAUCAAUGUGAAGGGUGACGUCCACUUCAUCAAGAUGUCAGUUGAUCAAUGUGAAGGUUGACGUCCACUUCAUCAAGAUGUCAGUUGAUCAAUGUGAGGGUGACGUCCACUUCAUCAAGAUGUCAGUUGAUCAAUGGGAAGGUUGACAUCCACUUUGCCAAGAUCUCAGUUGAUCAAUGGAAGGGUGACAUCCACUCCACCAAGAUCUCAGUUGAUCAAUGGGAAGGUUGACAUCCACUUUGCCAAGAUCUCAGUUGAUCAAUGGGAAGGUUGACAUCCACUCCACCAAGAUCUCAGUUGCUCAAGAUCAGCCUGGGUUUUCCAUUUCAUACUUCCAUCAUUGACUGAAUGGGAAUGGUGACAUUCACUUCAUCAAGAUGUCAGUUGAUCUACAAUCAGCCCGGGUAUUGACAACUUCAAUAGGUCCAGUGUUCAGUUUGUCAAGUUCAAGUUACUUUCAGAAAGUCCACUGACAGUUUAAAGUGGGUCUCACUGUAUAGAUGACGUCAUUUGAAACGCUCCAUCAAGUUUUUCUCAACUUGUGAGAAGUUAUUAAUUUUGUAAAUAAUACUGUGAACUAAGAAAGUCGAAUUCCUAUUAGUAAUGAUGCACCUAGAUUCUCUUAGGUGUGAUACUUAUAAACGUGAAUAAUUAUAAUAAUUAGUCAUUGCAAGUCUGUGAUUGUACUUAGCGAGUAAUUAGAAAAAUGUAUUGUAAAAAAUAUAUUAAAAAUGUUGAAACCCUCAAAAUAUGAUGUGAAUGUUAAUACUAUAAUGUUACAAAUAAUAUUAUUUUGUAAUAUUAAAAUAAUAUUGAAUUCAGACUGUCAGCAUGGGAAGCAUUUAUGAGCAAUCAUAUUUCAAUGUUGUUGAAAAAAUAUUAUAAUUAUAAAUCCAUUAAUGCUGACAGUUUGAAAUGAUGGAAUUUUCUGAAUGUGAUGGAAAAAUUUGAUUGCACAAUACGGUAUUGUGUAACUAGUUUGUUGAAGAGCUCUUGAAAGAGAGAAUAUUAUAAUAUUUUUGUCGAGUAGAUUUUUGAGAGCUGGUAGUUAAGAUAAGAUUGAUAAUGUAAGUUGUUAAGUGUCAUUGUUGUCUGACCAGAGAGUAUAAUAUGUUAUUGAAUAAAAUUAUUUUCAUUGAAAA